CCACUGUGUAUUGUGCUGAUGAGGUGUUAAGCAGAUAAUAUAAUUUUAAUUUGGUAGAGUGGUGCCGCUAGGUGAAGGUCAAUUUCAACGAGUAAAACCAAUUUGGUUGGUUUUCUCUGUCUUUUCUUACAAACUUUACAUGCAAGUGAUUGGUUCCUCUCCCUUUCAAUCUUCACAUGUGCAUGGGACUAGAGCCAUAUAUAUAAUGUGGAUGACACACUUUGGUUUCUUAUUAAAAGCAAGCCAAAAAUUCAUAUUGGUAUCAUCGGCACUUGUUGAUUCCUUUGUCAAGAACAAAGAAAAUUCUUUUCAUGGAAGAAGGAGGAGGAGAUCAACAUGCCUCUAACAGCAGCUACACUUUUCCACCAGGUUUCAGAUUCCACCCUUCUGAUGAAGAACUCAUAGUUCAUUACCUACAAAACAGAAUCAGCUCUCGUCCACUUCCAGCUUCCAUUAUAGCUGAGAUUGAUCUUUAUAAGUAUAACCCUUGGGAUUUGCCAAAGAAGGCUUUGUUUGGAGAGGAAGAAUGGUACUUCUUUAGCCCGAGAGAUCGCAAGUAUCCAAAUGGAUUGAGGCCAAACAGGGCAGCAGGUUCAGGGUACUGGAAGGCUACUGGAACUGACAAGCCGAUUCUCACAUCUUAUGGAUCGAAGCGCAUCGGAGUGAAGAAAGCUCUUGUCUUCUAUUUAGGUAGACCUCCAAAGGGGACUAAAACUGAUUGGAUCAUGAAUGAGUAUAGAUUGGUUGACACAAUCACCAGCCCCUCCAGGCUCAAAGGUUCCAUGCGCUUAGAUGACUGGGUACUCUGUCGCGUUCGACACAAAGGCUACUCAUCGAAGAACUCAUGUGAGAAUCAAGAUAAUCCUUGUGAACCAAACAUGCUAUCAAAUCUGCCAAGGUGUGAUGAAGGUUAUCCAGCAACAAACAUGAACUUCCAUGCUGAUAUGAUCACUGAUUAUCAAUACAAAGACUAUCAGAUCCUAGCUUCUAUCCUUGUUGGUGGCCAUGUUCCUACCACUGAGAGCAUGUCAAGUUUGAACUUGAAGGAUGGCAAAGGCAAUGAUCCAAUAACUUCAGUUCAUGAAGAUGGUUUCCACAGAGAAGAUUCUUCUACAACAGUUUCUCCUUUGGACUGUUACUUCAACUCACUGAAAAGAAAAUCUAAUGAGGAUAGCCAAUAUGAGAAUCUCAUUUCCUUUAACAGGAAGUUGAACAUGGAGACCACAAUGGAUGAUGAAUCUUCUAUCAUCAAUGGAGGUUUGAACUUCUACAAUCAAAACCAGUCUCAAGAUGACAUAAUAUUCAAUAAGAGAGCAGCAGAGCCUAGCAUCAACUUUCAAGAGCUAAAGCAAUCAGCUUUUAUAGGAAGAUACCCGCAAUGCUCAAGUGAUUGACCAUAAGACAUAUUCAAUACUCUCUAUUCCACUUGUAUAUUUUCAUGGAUAUACAACUAAGAAUAUAGGCCUCAAAUAUUAAAGUGAAUUAUUGUUCUUUAAGCGUGGUUGUAAUAAAUAUAUAUAGAACUUUUCUAUAUACUUAUGAAAUUCCUUGAAAACAUUGUGAAUAAUGCUAGCUUGUGCAGAAUCUGCACAAUGUCAUUUCAACUAGAAUUUUAUCCUACUCAGUAAUAAUAAAACUUGUAC